GAGGGAUUUCUGGUAUGCGCAUCCAAAGGCUUGUGGGAGCCUGUUGUGCAAGUCUUCAACAAGACAUUCUUAGCAGACAUUUUCUAAUUACAAUUUAUACAAUUUACAAUAUAUAUAGCUGCCCAUCUCACCAGCGAGCGACUCUGCAAUUACAGAUGCAUUGGUGAGAAUUUUUCACUUCUUGUAUAAGAGCAAAAGUGUAUAAGCAAAUAACCUAAGUAAGAUUACUGCUGUUUUUGAAGUAUGAUAUGUGGAAGGGGCUGUAAGCAAGUCUGUAUGUUAUAAGCUGUGUAUGUAUUCAUGACUCCUAGCAGUAGCUAUAAGCAAUAUUAACUUUGAAAUACGGACUUUGAGUUUGUUGUAUUUGUGUAUUUCCUUCUGGCCUCUUGUUAAUUUCUGUUUCAUCUUAGGUUUGUAAAGCAGCUGGCCAUUCUUGCACUAAAACUGAUGAUAUCUUUUUCCAGCUUUUUCACAUUAAAAUUGCUGUGCAUCACAAACUACCUUAUUAAGAAUGAGGAUAUUUAAAUAUAUAUGUCAUGUUGAAAAUCAGCAUGGCUGAAAGGAAGAAAGGCUAUGGAGAAGAAAUAUAAAGAGGCUGGGAAGAAUUUGUAAAGAUCAGGAUGGUGGCUGGCCCAAGAUACAUAGCUUCAAAGAAGAUAAUUCAGAAAGAAACUCAUGCUUUUGUAAGAGAUGUGAAUCUUCAGAGGUCAGGCAUCAAUGGAGUGCCAGUUGCAGAAAACUUCCGUGUGGAAGAAGCUAUUCUCUCAGACAAAAUUGCUGAGGGUCAGGUUCAAGUUCGUACACUUUAUCUGUCCGUGGAUCCCUAUAUGCGGUGUCGUAUGAAUGAAGAUGCUGGGUCUGAUUACCUCCAGGCUUGGAAAUUGUCUGAAGUUACUGAUGGAGGUGGGAUUGGUUGUGUGGAAGAAAGCAAAGAUGUGCGUUUUGCUCCAGGAGACUUUGUGACUUCCUUUACCUGGCCAUGGCAGACUAAAGCCAUUUUAGAUGGAAAGCAACUGGACAAGAUCGACCCAUACCUUGUAGAUGGGCACCUUUCCUAUUUCCUGGGUGCUGCUGGCUUGACUGGGCUGACAGCUUUGCUGGGAAUCAGAGAGAAAGGACAUGUAUCUCCAGGCUCUAAUCAAACCUUGGUUGUCAGUGGAGCUGCUGGUGCUUGUGGCUCUCUGGCUGGGCAGAUAGGUCUCCUGGAGGGCUGUUCUAAAGUAGUUGGUAUUUGUGGCACAGAUGAAAAAUGCAAGGUUUUGGUCUCUGAAAUGGGCUUUGAUGCUGCAAUCAACUAUAAGAAAGAGAACGUGGCACAGCAGCUGCACAAACUUUGCCCAGAUGGAGUGGAUAUAUACUUUGACAAUGUUGGUGGAGACAUCAGUGAUACAGUAAUAAGUCAAAUGAAUUCAAAUAGCCAUAUUAUUUUAUGUGGUCAGAUCUCCCAAUAUAACAAGGAUAUUUCUUACCCGCCUCCUUUACCUCCUGAGAUAGAAGAAAUAAAGGAAUCGCGGAACAUUACAAGAGAAAGAUUCCUGGUUUUGAACUACAUGGAGAAAUAUUCAGUUAGUACUCUGCAGCUUUGUCAGUGGAUCAAAGAAGGAAAAUUGAAGGUCAAGGAGACUGUGAUGGAAGGCUUAGAAAACAUCGGAGCUGCUUUCCAGUCUAUGAUGAGUGGGGGCAACAUUGGAAAACAGAUAGUGCUUGUUUCCAAGUAAAAGCAAUUUCUGGUUUUACUUGUGUUCACUAAGAAAAAAAAAAUGUAAUUUGUGUAAGUCUGGUAUGAUUUUAUCCUUUGUAUCUAUAUCCUUUUUUGCUGAUUAGAGUUGUAUACCUCUUUUGAUUCUGUGCUUUUUCUUCCAUCUCUUAGAAAAAAAUAUUUUUUUCAGUCAAAAUGCCUUACCUAGACUUCAGUCUCAAGUAUUCAAAUACUACUACUGUGCCAUUGCUGUAGUGUAAUAUAGACUGCAUGGAUAUAAUACAAAGCCAAGAUUAAUUUUAGAUGUUUGGACAAAUACCUUGCAAGCAAAUUACUGUGGCUUAUUUGGCCAAUUUCUGCUUUAGUUUUCUUGGGCCUUUGUUAACAUCUAGGGGACAAUUUCCUAGUAACUCUAAAGUAGUAUUUUUAGACAUUUCCAGUAGACAUAAAUGCAAGCCAUGGUUGAAGCAACUAGGAUUUGGUAAAAACAUGUUUUUAAAUUAAGAUUUCUCAAAAUAAACCAUGGCUUACUCCCUGGAACUGAGACAUUCAAAUAAACCAAUUAGGCUUAUACUGACUUAUGUUCUCGUAGGUAUAAACCAGACUAUAAUCACUACUGAAAAUGAAACAAUAAUGGGAAAUUUUUCUUGUAUAUUAUACAACUAUUAGAUCUGUUUGUUAAUGUAAUUUUCUGGCCUGGCCCCCCUCCCAUGAUAGACUGUCCUUUCAGAUACAUUAAUAGUGAAUGAAUGCUUCACUAUUAUAUAAUAAAAUACAUAAAUAGUAUAUAAUAUAAAUAUACAUCUAUUUAGAUUAGAAUAUUAAACCAGAGGAGGUAUUUCCUAAUUAUAUGAAUGAGUCAUAGAAUGAAAAAGCCCUAGCGUACACUUUAUGUGCAAGUGUUCCAGCUUCCAAAAUCUGAUGUAGCAGAGCGGCUAUGACAAUUAGCAACAAAGGAAGAAGCCCAUAUUCUGAAUCCUCUUGUGAUAUUAAAAAAAAAACGCUACGAAAGCUUUUAAUAAUUUCUGAAACAAAAGUUUGCACCAAAAGCCCUGUUUCAUACACUAUAUGUUCUUUCUGUGACUUCUUCAGUGUCAGGUGUACAAGAAAGCAGCCACACAAGGCAUCUGCAGAAGCAGAAUGUGAAUGAAGUGCUUUGUCCCUUUUAUUCCACUGGGAUUUUUUUUAGCCUGCAAUUCUUAUAUACUUACUUGAAUAAGUCCUAGUGAAUUCUACAGAAAUUACUUUUAAGUAGACACGAGAAUGAUUGUACGUGUCAAUGAAAAUGUUAACUUUUUUAGAUAUAAGAUGGGAACAUGUUAGUAAAUAUAAGAUUGGAAUAAACAGUACACGAAAGCA